AUGUUCUUCAGGGUGGAUGCCAAGGGGCGCAAGCUCUUCAGAGUAUUUGCAACUGCCAGGAGGCUGGAGACCUUGCAGAAACUACAGGAAGACGGGAUAGAGGCAGUGGCCUGCGAUGUGACAUCAGCUGAAAGCGUGGAGGCAUGCAGAGCUGCUGCGGUGAAAGCUGCAGGCGCUGUGCAUGUGUUGGUCAACAAUGCAGGCAUGCAGGCAACGGGGCCUAUUGUGGAGCAGCCAAUUGAACACUUUCAGAUGGUUCAGGACACCAAUUGCACCGGCCCUGGAUCUGGGCUCAUUGUCAAUGUAUGCAGCGUGUCAUCCUAUGUGGACCUGCCACUGUCAGCAGCCUACAAUGCCUCCAAGGCAGGCCUGCUUUCAGUCACCAAUGUUCUCAGAAUGGAGCUGAAGCCGCUGGGAGUGCAUGUUAUGACGGUGACGGCGGGUGUGAUAGCGAGCGACAUCGGCGCGAAGAAUGUGUGCGACGUGCAACGCUACUAUGACAGUAACUCUGCAUACAGCUCCAUGGCAGACGCCAUCAAGCACCGCAUGGAAGUUCCCACCACAAGUGGGGCAGUGAUGCCAGCAGAGGAGGCAGCGGAGGCCAUAGCAGCCGCCAUCGCGCGGCCGCGGCCGCCCCGGGAGAUUGUCACUGGCGCAAGGGCACGCACGGCGCUGCUGGCCGGCUUCCUGCAGAAGUGGCUGUGGCCGGGCGUCGUGGAGCGGAAAUUUAGCCGCAUGUUUGGGCUAAACAAAGUGACAAGAGCGGCUAUACAGUGA